AUGGAGAGCUUGGAUUUUUCAAACGCCCCCUCCGAGUUCCAAGAAUGGAAGAAUACGUACUGGUUUUGUACUGUGUAUACAAAUUUUGCCUGGACCAUUGUCUACUUGGGUAUGAUCCAACGAUCAGUUCAGGAUCACUCUUACGGGAUGCCACUGUUCUCGCAAUGCCUCAAUCUAGCAUGGGAAAUCACGUUCGGGUUCAUCUACCCCUCGAAUAAUUGGGUAUUAAAGUCUGCUUUCCGACUUGCCGUUAUUAUCAACAGCACAGUGACUUACACUGCCAUCCGAUAUGGUUCUAGAGAGUGGGAACACGCCCCCAUUGUAAGGCGCAAUUUGCCGAUAAUCUAUGCAGUCGGGAUCGGGACGUCAGUAGCCUGCUUUUUGGGACUUGCGAAGCAAAUUGGAGAAGCCAAGGCCUGCGUCAUGACAGGCGUCAUACUACAAGCUACUUUGAGUGUUGGAUCUCUAUGCCAACUUCUGACACGGGGAAGCACGCGCGGGUUCUCCUUUAGUUUAUGGCUUUGGCGUUUCACUGGCUCCCUUACUGCGGUCCUUGAAUUUUAUCUCCGAGUACAGCAUUGGCAUGAGGAAUUUGAAUUCCUGGCAACUCCAUUCAUGAUAUGGGGCUGUUGUAUAUUCCUUGCAUCUGAUCUAGUUUACGGGGUAUGCUCCUGGUAUAUAGAACAAUAUGAGCAGGUAGGUGGAAUGACCCAGCUGCAGAAGCACCAGUGA